UUUCCUGUGGGAGCAGCCGGGUCGAGAGGAGCGUGGCCUUCUCCUCUCCCCGCCAUGGCGUGUGCUCGUCCCCUGAUAUCAGUGUACUCCGAAAAGGGGGAGUCAUCCGGCAAAAAUGUCACUUUACCUGCUGUGUUCAAGGCUCCUAUUCGACCAGAUAUUGUGAACUUUGUUCAUACCAACCUGCGUAAGAACAACAGGCAGCCCUAUGCUGUCAGUGAAUUAGCAGGUCAUCAGACCAGUGCUGAGUCUUGGGGUACUGGCAGAGCUGUGGCUCGAAUUCCCAGAGUUCGGGGUGGUGGGACCCACCGAUCUGGCCAGGGUGCCUUUGGAAAUAUGUGUCGGGGAGGGCGCAUGUUUGCGCCAACCAAAACCUGGCGUCGUUGGCACCGUAGAGUGAACACAACCCAAAAGCGAUACGCCAUCUGCUCUGCCCUGGCUGCUUCGGCCUUACCAGCACUGGUCAUGUCUAAAGGUCAUCGUAUUGAGGAAGUUCCUGAACUUCCUUUGGUGGUUGAAGAUAAAGUUGAGGGUUACAAGAAGACCAAGGAGGCUGUUCUGCUGCUUAAGAAACUCAAAGCCUGGAAUGACAUCAAAAAGGUGUAUGCCUCUCAGCGAAUGAGAGCUGGCAAAGGAAAGAUGAGAAACCGCCGUCGUCUCCAGCGCAGGGGGCCCUGCGUCAUCUAUAAUGAGGACAAUGGCAUCAUCAAGGCCUUCAGAAACAUCCCUGGAAUUACUCUGCUUAAUGUAAGCAAACUGAACAUUUUGAAGCUUGCUCCUGGUGGGCACGUGGGACGUUUCUGCAUUUGGACUGAAGGUGCUUUCCGGAAAUUAGAUGACUUGUAUGGCACUUGGCGUAAAGCUGCUUCCCUCAAGAGUAAUUAUAACCUUCCCAUGCACAAGAUGAUGAAUACAGACCUCAGCAGAAUCUUGAAAAGCCCAGAGAUCCAAAGAGCCCUUAGAGCACCACGCAAAAAGAUCCAUCGCAGAGUCCUGAAGAAGAACCCACUGAAAAACCUGAGAAUCAUGUUGAAAUUGAACCCAUAUGCAAAGACCAUGCGCCGGAACACCAUUCUUCGCCAGGCCAGAAAUCACAAAAUCCGGGUGAAUAAAGCAGCAGCUGCAUUGGCAGCCAAAUCAGAUGAGAAGGGGGCUGCAGAAAAGGGGGCUGAAGGCAAGAAGCCUGUGGUGAUUAAGAAAGGAAAGAAGGCUGUUGAUGUUAAGAAGCAGAAGAAGCCUUUGGGGAAAAAGGCUGCUGCUACCAAGAAACCAACAGCUGAAAAGAAACCUGCAGAAAAGAAGCCGGCCACAGAAGAAAAGAAGUCUGCUCCAUAACUACUAAAAUCUGUUUUAUUCCAUAAGGUCAAGUAAUAUAGGACAGCUUAUAUGAAUAAAGACCUGAUCAAAGAUGCAGGGAGAAAUGUG